AUGGAAGUCGCCGGCGGCAACUAUACAACAACACACCGAUUCUUUUCUCUGCUCCUCAAUCAUACCCCCACCCCCCCCCCCCCCCCCCACCCCCCGUCUUGUUUUCGACCUCAGAGACCGACGCUUCGUCUGCAGUAUUGUCCUCUUCGCAUCAAAAAGAUCCAAAAUUUCGAAGAAGAGCACAAACACAUCUUCUCUCAAGGAACAUCAACUUGCCAAAUUCUCCGCCACCUGGAUAUGGAUCCUAUGACACUUCAUCAAUUGUACUACAUCGCAGAUGACAAGCUAGUGGAUGAGGGGAGGACGUUUGAUGCUGUUCUCGCCUUAGAGGUCAUCCAGCAUGUAGCCAACCCUGCAAAUCCUUGUCAGCAUUGACCAUCCAUCCCCAACGGAGCCACAAUACUCUCUACAAUUAACCGCUCUGUGCGAGCAGAGUACAUUCUACAAUGGGUAAUCUUCAGUCUCUUGUUAACACCAAGUUUUACAUUUGGUCUUUUGUAAAAUCAAAUCACCUGCAGCUUCCUAAAGGCUGCACACACCAGUGGUCAAGCUUUCUAACUCCUGAAGAACUUACUAUGAUUCUACAACGCACGUCACUUGAUGUAAGCUGGUUCUCUCUCCCAUCAAUACUCUCUAUGUUAAGCUGACUGAAACAAUACAAAAGUACUAUACGUCUGUGGACAAGAAGGAUUGUUCAUCUGGUUUUCUCUUAGAGGACAUUGUGGUAGAAAUGAAAAAUCAUGAAAUUAUUGGUUUGCAGGUGAAGGAGAUGGCUGGAUUUGUAUACAACCCGAUAACAGGAAGAUGGUUAUUGUCACAGACGACAUAGGCGUAAACUUUAUCGCUUAUGGGACCAAAAAAGAAUGAUUCUGUAGAGUUAUAAUCCAUCGUUCAAGCCUUGUGUUUCUGCAUAUCUGCUCCAAGAAGUUGCUUAGAAGAGUACAGUAGUUAAAUUCGCAAUAAGUGAGAAUUGUAUACAACCUAAAAACUUCAGUUGUCUGUUGUGAUAUACAUCAGCAGAUUUUGUUCUUGAUUAUUGUUAUCUCA